AUGGUGUCAAGAGCCGAGCUUGAAGAGUUCCGUCAGUACUUCGAGUGCUCACUUCUCAGCUUGGUUCGUGGUGCAUCCUCGGAGGCCAGGAAGGACGUGGAUAGUGCUAGAACUGACUUCAUUGACGCAUUGCAAUCCUUCAGGGACGACACUCUUGAGGCUCUGACAGCUCUGCACGAGCGCGCCGACACCUUGCUUGAGAAUCAGUAUAGGCUUCAAGCCCAGUUCGCGAUUUUGCAGCAGCGCAUCACUUUGCUUGAGGGCCUACAGACCCCGAUGAUAGAUCUCGCUCAGGAAGGUCGCGGGGCGGCCCAUAUGCUGCCCCUGUGCUGCCUGCGGCCGCCGGCUCUGCCGGCCCGUCUGACGCCUUUCACACCGCCGUUCCAGGUCCCGCAUGAGGCCAUCCGGGCCCACUCGGCAGCUUGCUCUCAGGUGGCAGUGAACCUUAUGUUGCAGCUUCUUGCCUUCCUGGGGUCAGAAUCCAGCUUUUUCUCUGCCAUUCAAUCUGCAGUGCAUUUCGAUGCACAUGUUCGCCGUGUCCUGGCAGGGUUUGCCGCAACGACAGUCAUCAGGUACAUCACUACCUUUAACUCCUUCGCUAAAGCUUGCGAGGACUUGGAUGUGUGUCUUCUUGAGAUUACUGCUGUGCAGGCGGCCGACAUUUUGGUCACUUUGCAACUUCAGAAGCAAGAGGAUCCUACCGUUGGAUCGUCGGCCAUCACCUGCAUCAAGGCUGUGCGAUGGGUUUGCAAGAACACUCAGUGCAUUGUGUUCGAGGUUUUUUAUUGCGAGCUGAUUUCAUCCUUCUUGAAGACCAAGCUGCCCAGGGACCGCAGGGAGAGCCUGCCCCUGCCGCUGUUUGCACUUGUGCAGUGGGAACGACGCAUCCUUCAGCGCUCCACCUCGUUGGUGGACGUCGUGCUGCUUGGAGCCUUCCUCGUCACAUGUUGGUCGAGUCUUCGUUUUGCUGACAGCCAGCGCAUAGAGUGGAGCUCAUGUGCUUUCGACGUGGUGUCGCUUCGGGCCAUUGCAUACCAGACGAAAACCUCACACCAGGGCCAACCCUUCGGCCUGAUCGCGCAAGGCUUCUUGCAUCAUGGUGCACAUUCUUGGGUGGCUAAGUGGCUCCGGGUUCUGGAUUCCAUCGCCUCGCAAGAGGUGCGCGAUUUUGGAUUGGCCCCUAGUUUUUUCUUUCCGGCACUUGACGAUGACGCCGAAUUGAUUCGACCUCUUGAACCGAUGAGUUACCCCUCGUGCUUGCGCUGGUUGCGCUACUACCUGCAGUUUCCAUGGAUGGGGUCUCCUCCCGCGGUGCCCGUAUCCAGCUAUACGGUGCAUUCCAUGAAGUGUAGCCUCUUAAGUUAUAUGCUUGAGGUGCCGGACAUCCGCGGUCCCGACAGGGACGCUCAAGGACAUCGUAGGGGGAGUAGCAGGGAACUUUACAGCAGAGACGAUGUGCUGGGGGCACUCCGUGCCCAGACACAAUUGAGGUCUGCAGUCUUGGCGGGCUUUCGCCCGAGGACGCCAUUGCACCGUGGAGCGCAGCUCCCCAUGGCGCCGAUUCCCUUCACACUGGAAGCUUCCUGCAAAGAGAUCGAUCAAGCACCCUGGGGUUUCUUCUCCUUCGACGUUCGUGUCCCGGGGUCGCUACCUUGGGUUCCUGGGCAAUCUUCGGCAUGCGCUGAGGCAAGCCCCGCUUUGGAGGAGCAUACCGACGUGGCUGCAACCACCGGCACCGAGGCCGCCGGCCUUUCUUUGGCCGACUCCGCAUCCGAGGCUGGCUCUGAGUCCAGUGUUGAGGGCGGUGCAGGGCUCGAGUCACUCGGCCCCCCCCAGACGAAGUGCACAUGGUCGCCGCAACAGGCGUUGUGCAUGCAGCAUGCCCGUCAGGGGGGAGAACGCUUUUUCUGCUCUCGCACCGUGGCUGAUGCAAUGUUCGAUGAUAAAUCCGUGGAUGGAUCAUUCAAUCUGGUGAAUCCUUCACCCUGCCAGCUUAAAGCAGAAGGAGCCUCAGGCUUCCAUCAGCUCCUUCAGGAUCACGGCAUCAGCCAGGAGCUCACGGAUCGGCUGCUCGCCGACGGUUGGGAUGCGAAAUCAUUUCGCCAUGUUGUCUGCCAGGAAUCAGAGUUUGCGGGGGUCCUCCCUGAGAUGUUCCCGGACACUGAAGUGUCGUUGAUGCAGCGUGCCAAGCUGCGAGCCGUGUGGUCGUCGCUGCAGCGACGAGGCAAUGCAGAGACUGCCCCUGCAGAACCGUUGGGUUCCCCGGCCAAACAAGGCUCGGGCUGGUCGGAACUUGAUGCCUCACGUGUUGCCACGCUUAAAAAACGAUUCUUGGAAGCCUUCCCUUCCGAAAUCUUGACUGCCAUCCCGUGGAAGAGCCGCAUGACACAACAGAUGUAUGAGGAUUCCCUCAUGCAGAAGCCUGCCAAAAGGGCCAGGAUUGAGACCCUUCAGCUUUCGGACCUCUUACUUGACGAACCGCCGCAGAUCGACAUCAAUGAUUCCACAAUGGGGAUUUCGAUGAUCCGUAGACUGUUGGAGGUGCAUGACAAUGCCCUCGCUCUUGCAGCGGACAAGCACCUUUGGUCGUGCAUCUUUCAAUUAGUGAUCGAGAAAGAGUGGCAGGUGAACGACGCUAUCUACGAGUUCACAGAGAUCCGCGGUGACAUGUCAUCAUGGCUGCAGCCUCGCGCCAAAGCGGCUUCCGCCAGCAAUCGUAGGCCGUACACGCCAGGUGGCCGCGACAACCGCCCCCACCCCGCCGCCAGGGGCGUUCAGUGGGUUCGUGAGUUCAAGGAGGGCAGCCAGGUGAAAAAAUUGUGCAUAGGGUGGCAGAUCGGGAAAUGCCAGCGUGGAAAUUCCUGUGAGUUAGCAAGGACAAUGGUGCGCCACAGCGCCCAGAGAAGUGACAACAUGCGCUCGGCUCGCCAUGAGCCAAUCCACAGCUGGGGUGAGCUGCCUGCUCCCCCGCCACUGCCUCCCUCUGUCCCGCCAUCGCAACAGCAGGCUCCCCAGAGCUCGCAAGUUUUGGAUUUCAGCUUUCCGCCACUGCCGCCAAAGCUCCUUUCUGCCGAUAGUGAGUGCAGUUUCUGUGUCACCGCCUCAGGAGGCCGUACCCUCCGUGCGUCAUAUACUUCCAUCGCCUUCGGGGGACGUUCCCCCUUCCUCAUGCGCUUCAAGCACUUCUAA